AUGAUCGGCUCCCUUCUUCAUGCGAGCUUCUUUUUCAGCCCACCUACGUUUCAAGACCACCAGCCCAACCCAACACCACCCGAAAAUCCAGCUCUUGUUCUCACGUUCAUCUUCUUCACUUCUCCUGCCAGUUCUCCUCCCCGCCGCCACUUUCUUCAUCUCCCCGCCGCUUUCCAUCCCCGCCGCCACUUCUCUGUUUUCCAUCGUCCCUACCUCGCCUCACUUGCUUCUGACCGCCGGCACGAACUCUGGUUCGUCCGUAUCCCGUCGGCCACGUCGCUGCAGCUCCAUCUCCGGGAUCUUCUUACACCAGCACCACACCAAGCUCUGCCGGCGCAUGAUCCCCGCGUCGCGGACGUUGUCGACAUCAAGCCACCCUCUUCCGCAUCUCCGAGCACGCCCCGGCGCCUCGAGUUCGCUCCGCUGUUUGUCACCAUCAAGAACACGGUGGUUUUCCAUCGCUCCUCUCUGGCUGUAGCGCCGCGCCAACGACGCCUCGUCCGUUCGCGAACUCGUCUUGUCCGUCCGAGUCCAGCAGCUCGCCAUGUACUUCCUCACCGACGUCCGCACGUUCCCGUCUGCACCUUUCUGCACCGUCCGUCUCCGUACGUCCUCGCCUCAAGUGCGUCGCCUCGGUCUUCCUCCGCGUCGGCCAGGUCCAAGGCGUGGGUAUUCUUCACCUGCGUAUUCAUGUUCAGCACAAGCUCAUCAGCAAUGCAUUGCUGGAUCUGCGUCGUCUCAUCGUUGCGGCUGGCCGGCCACUUGGUCCGGGUCUUCCUCUUGGUCCGCUUAUCAAGGGUCGCAGCUGCUGCCUAUCAUAUUCUUGCAGUAGCUCAUUUGCCGGGUCCCAUCGUCAGCACCACCUCUGCAGUUCGCCAUCCCAGUCAGCAUCCAAUCAGCCUGGGUCCCGUUCGUCAGUCUCCUAGGCUAGCUGCUACCUUGCGCUUUGCUUCUUCACGGAUAGGAUCACGAAGUGGUGUUGUGAGAUACGACAAGUUCUUCUACUGCUUUCCACAGGCGAGCCCUCUCUCUUCACCUAUUUUACUCUCUCCCUCGCACUGCUAUCCUUAUGUUGCGAUUCUUUAUCGAGUCACGUGUCCUAUUCCACUUGUUUACCAUAAUAAUCCUAUAUGUAUCAUUCCUUACCCAUAGCUGUUGCUUGAUGUUUGAGCCUUGCGAGUUGUAGGCGUGUUUAGGCUCUUUUGUUUAUCUCGAUCUGUUAUCGGGAUAUGUUGGGUUGUUGGGAGGUUAUCACAUGCUAUAUCAGUUGUUGGAGAUACACAUGAUUUACUUAAUUGUUAACAACUAAAAUUGUAAGCAGAGGCAUCUGUGAGCCCCUUUGCGAAAGCAUCGGAACUUUGACUUGCUAAUGUCCCCUAGGACCCGAGUUCUUGUUAUCUGUUCCGAGAUUGAGCGCUCUACCCGUACGUGGGGGAGUGGGACCCCCAUCACCCACUACCUUUCCUCGAGUCUGUUUAUUGGGAGCCACAACCUUGGUUUUAUUUGCCCAUAUGCACGAUAUGCACGAUUUACUUCCUGUUGCCUUCGGGUGUUUAUUUCUGUACUGUACUCAUAACGCGGAUAGACUUAUCUUGUGCCUGGUCGUAAGUGCCCGCCUGGACUAUGUCGCAAACCUCUGGGUCCGUAUCGGAGUACGGCCGAACUUCGUCACGGGUAGCUUAAUUGGGUGGCUCCCAUUAAACUUUCUCUUGCAUUGGGAACGGUCUUGAUGUGAGACUCCACCUGUAGUAAGUGGGUUCGAGCAUGCGUAUGGUUACAUUUGGGCAACCCUGCAGGGUGUACAUCUUAUCGAUAAGCCGUGUCCGCGGUUAUGGACGACUUGGAAUUGUAUGGCUUGAUCAUAGAACAACUUACACCGCUCUUGUUGAUAAUAAUUUGUUAAUAACUUGCGUAGUAAUAUAGCAUUACUACAACCGAUACCUAAUAAAACUUGUCCACCGUUGAGUGCCUUUUACAUUGCCUCUUCGCAAUUGUUGAAGGGGAUAUGUGUAAUCGGCUGGGUUAUGUUUGUGUAGUAUUUAUCUGUUACCUUGUGCGCUCUCUUAUCUUAUCUGAAUAGACGGAUGUUGUAGCGUGUCUCUAUUGGUUAUAGUUAUGCUGCCGCUAAACCUACCAUAUAGCCCCCGGCGAUAUAUAUAUUAUACUCGCCCGGCGAGCAUAGCCAUUUCUAGUCUCGCUAAGUACGUGCCGGAGUUCGUUCCUUGGUACUUACUCUCGCCUUUUCCCCUUUCUCUUUUGCUUCCUCCCUCUUGUCGGCAACCGAUGGCCCGACUUUGACAGGUACAAGAUGACGACGUUAGCAAGGUUACCCUUCCGGCUUGACCUGGGCAGGGUUAUGGACGCCACUGGUUAUCUUCAGGACUCUUAGUCCAAUUUGUAUCUUGUCCGUACUCGGACGUAUUUGAUCUUAUGUAUGAUUUGGAUCUUUGUAUUAUAUAUUUGUAUCUUGACUCGUUGGAGUCAUUGUUGUAAUAUAUGUAUCUUGUGGGCUCUAUUGUAAUCCUGCUGUAAUGUUACCGCUCGUGUUAAUUCCUCUGGCAUCACGUGUGUGAUUCUUCGCGCACGUCGUGUCGGAGGGCGUCUCUGAAUCGAUAUCGUGCGGAUUUUGGCGGGAUCGCUGGAAUCCUCAGGAUACCGGUUCAGGGGCGUCACAAGUUGGUAUCAGAGCUCAGGUUUGACGGUACCCCACUAGUCCAGCCUGUAGGAUAACCUUGCCAACGGACGUUGUUGUGUCUAGUGUCAAAACUAUUUUCUAAAAUUCGUUGGAUAGAUCUGAUUAGCUCUGAUUUUUCUCCUUACCUAUAUUCUUUCUCCUCUUAUCUACGCGAGUUUUGAGUCUUCUCUCUUAUCCGAGUUUCUCCAAGUCUUAG